UUUAUGCUUUUAUACUUUGAGCACAUUAAGAUUCUGUACUUUUUUAAAAUACUUUUACUUGAGUAAAGAAGUCGUGUUUUACACAAAUAUCUGUGCUUCUGUUUGAGUAUUGAGUUGCACCCCACCAAGCAAUGAAUUGUUCUGCAACCUCAAACAUCAACUGGUAUCCCCCCCAUCUCUCCCAGAGACAAGGAUCGAGCCACUGUCCGCACACGACAAAAAAACAAGCUGCAGAAACCGUCAGGCUUUUAAUGAUCGAUAUCAUGUGAAUUUUAUCUUGAUGACUUUAUCCAAAUGUCCCAUCAACGGUGCCUUUUAUAGUAUACGGUAGGUAUAAGUCUCAGUACAAACGACAAAUAAAUACUUAAAGAUAUUCUUAAAUAUAUAUAUAUAUAUCCAGUUUCAUUAAGGAUGUCUACUUAACUCACAAUUAUAGAAAAUAUAAUAAUUGAAACAGAUUUUAUUUUUUUAUUUUUUUUACAGGACAGAGUGACAGGAUAGGCCAACAAAGCAGGACCUCCUUUAAUUGAUAUUGCACUUAAGUAAUGCAGAACCCCCACACCACGUGGGAAUGUUGGGGCCUCUGCUUGUACCUUGUCUAUUGUGUUGUGUUUUCUUAAUCACUCUGUCCCAAAAAAUGACACAGAAAUGAAUAAAUAAAUGAGUCCUAUGUAUUAAAAAAAAAAGAAACAAAUUGAUUAAAUUGGUAAUGAUAAAUGAAAUCGUAUUUGGCUGCAUUUUUUGUAUUUAUUUUUCUGGGCCUAUUAUUUUAUUUCAACAUUUUUUUUAAUUUCAGUAUUUCUCCUUUACGAUAAUGUGCGGGGCUAUAUACUGGUCUUUCCUGCUUCACCAGUAUUUUGCUGACCAGUAGUAAAAAGUUGGGUUAAUAUUUUCUUAAAGUCAAUCAUUCUGCUGUACUGGAACACACUAAUAUUAAACAGACUGGAAAACCGGGUUAAUGCUGACGGUGAUUAUGGGAAUACAUUUUUGGAUAAAAUAGUUAUAUUACUGUUUAUGUUAGGCUCCGGUGGAACUGUCAUGGUACUGUUAAUAUCUCACUGGAGUUUAUGAUACAGCCAGUGUUUCACACCGUUGCCCCUUAAGCACAGCAAACUGAAUUUUACAAACUAUUUGGGCGUCUGUCAGAUUUGUUUCAGUUCCAUGGAAAGGCCCUUUAACGCCAUUUCCCGCACAACCACCCUCCGCUACACUCCCACCUGCCAUACCACACUCAUUGCGACAUACAUCCAACGCACCCUUCCUCAUGUGGCGGCCUAUUAAAGCCGGAACUCCCACUGACAAUGCAGCCAAACCUUGUGCAAACACCUUAAGUUUCAAACUUGACCCGGCAACAGCUUCACUCUCAUGAUCGUGCAGGGAGGCCCCGCGGAGGGUGUUGUCCGUCCGCCCGCUUCUGCCACUGGCCGUGUUAUGACAUUCAACCUUAGGCGCUUGCUCUUGUCAGCUCUCAGACGCGCACUCAAGGCCGAGGUUGGAGUCCUGUCGUCCAUGCUGUCCGCGUCUCCGCUGGGAUCACACCGACUCGUGGGGUCCUUGUCGGCCGAGGUGCAGGGGAUCACUUCACAUAAAGAACUGGUCAAGAGUCAGUGUCAUCAGAAGAAGCAUUUGUUCCACUCCUGGUUCCAGUUCUUGGUCCUGUUUUGUCUUGUGCUCUUCGUCUUAUGUUACACUCUAUCCAACAGCUCUCAGCCAUGGUUGGCGAGCCUUCCACUCCAUAAGCACUACCAGCGGAUUUUCAAUCGGACCAAUAAGGUUUUUCAACCUCCGGCUUAUCGUGUCCAUCCGAAACACAGAGUUAAACUAAAUGGAAUUCCUGAAACCACAGAAAUCCCUACUGUAUCACCUACAGGUAUUCAGUACCACCAAGCCUAUGCACGCAACUACCACUUUAUUAUGGAUAACGAAGAGGUGUGCAAGACCAAGAUCCCUUUCCUGGUCCUGAUGGUUCCAGUGGCACCACAUAACGUGCAAGCUCGGGACGCCAUCCGGGAGACAUGGGGCAAACGCAGUGUGGUUCAGGGUGAGGUGGUGCUUACUCUGUUCUUGUUGGGCUCUUCUGGGGGAGCUAAUGUUGAGCAGCAGCAGGAGAAGCUCAUACAGGAGAAUCUGCAGCACCAUGAUCUGAUCCAGAGUGACUUCAUGGACACUUACCUCAAUCUGACCAUCAAAACCAUGGUGAUCAUGGACUGGCUGGCCACACACUGUCGUACAGCAGCAUACGCCAUGAAGAUUGACUCAGACAUGUUCCUAAACAUUGACAAUUUAGUGAUCAUGCUACAAAAGCCAGGCAUCCCCAAGAUGAACUACCUGACAGGGUUGCUGAUGUGGAACAGGCCAGUCGUGCGUUCAAAGGACUCCAAGUGGUACGUUCCUGAGGAGAUGUACCCAGAAGCCACAUACCCAACCUACACUCUGGGCAUGGGAUAUAUCUUCUCCAACGAUCUUCCAGAGAAAUUUGUGGGGAUCUCAAAAUCAAUCAAACCCUUUAAUAUAGAGGAUGCUUACAUUGGAAUGUGUAUAAAAAAACUAGGAUAUGCACCUACAUCACCGCCAAAUCCCUCCCAGUUCAGGGCCUACAACACAAGAUACGAUCGCUGUGAAUACUCUAAAAUCAUCACCUACAUUCUUGGAUCACCACAAGAGUUGGUGAAAUACUGGACAGACUUAAAGAAGCCUGGACCACCUUGUUAAGACGAUUACAACUACAGAUGGACUGAGAAAUCACUUGGGUGGCAGGGAAUUGGGAGGGUAACUUAUUAUAUAUAUAUAUUUUAUAUCUGCUUUAUAUCUGCUGUUCUGGUAUAUAAUUACCAUACCAUCAUUUAAAAAAUGAGAAUUGGAUUACCCUUUUGGAAAGGCUACAAAGGUUUCUGAAUAACUGCGGUCUAGAACCGGUGAAAAUAUAUAUUUUUUUAAAAACUCUUUAGGGUUGCCAAUGGAAAAAAUAUGAAGGGAAUGUUUAUUUGUUCUUAUGUGAAGUGAAGUGGAAAUGUGUGACUGAAAUUGAAGGUACCCUGAGGAGCUUUUGACCAUUAAUGUCGCUGUACAGCAAGGGUUUGAUGAGCAGUUAAUCUACUGUUGUAUAUCUUGGUUGUACCUACGUUUACAAAGGCAGACAUGAAUGCCUCAACCACUGUAGUGCCUACACUUUCUAUGAACUGCAUGUUGCUGCAUGGAGAAAGGAAGACUACUUGAAGAAAAGGAAACAAGCCAUUGACCCCUGGCAGAGAGGUGUAAAAGUUAUUAUUUUACUGUUUAUUUAGCAAAUUAAUGAAACAUUUUCAAAUUAAACUAUUAAAGCAGCCAAACUAUUAAAUGCAUGUGAAAUUAAUUUGUACAACAUGUCACAAAAACAUGUAAUAUUCAUAAAACAAUGCACAUUUUACUACAUUGUUUUUGAUUUGAAUGAGGUGAGUGACCUUACAUUUGCACUAAUAUCCUGGUUGUAAUUUAUUUUUUAUUUUUUUUCAGCAGAAUGACAAUUAUGUGUUGCGCAAUCAGUUUGUCAACCUGGACUUUGCAUGAUAACCCCAAGAUAAAUCUGAGUAGGUUAAACUCUUUGUAGUACAGCCCCCUGGUUUCAGAAACCUUGACAGUGCUUGUAGUACUGCAUCCACUUUUCUGAGCAUUCUCUGUUGGUAGGGAAAUGAGAGGCUGUGUUUAGCAAUCAAAGCACACCAAUAUUAUACAAUGCUGGAAUGUGGACAGCAAAGUUUCUCAUGUUCCAUAUAAACACAUAUGAUCAAACCCAGGAUAAGGCUUAUAGCCUGAGAUGCUUAAACGCUCUCUGGAUAAUUUUAAAUUAUAGCAACCACAAACUCUUAUGCUGUACAUGUGGGUACGGCAGUAGCUAUAGGAUGAAGAUAGACCUGAACCCUAGUAGUAUAAUAGUUCAACCCUGCUGAAGUUUACUUUGGCGUGUGUAAGUGUAUACACAUAUUUGCAGGUCUAACCUGCAGUUUAGUCUGUUUUGAUUCGCAUAUCUUGGGGGAUAUAUUUAUACUGAAGGAGGUUGCAGUAUGAGAGCAGUGAGAAGUAAUUUAUUGUUACAUUUUUGUUGAAUGAACAAAAAGCACUUUACGCAUUACCAAACAAAAGAAAAAAUUUUGUUUUUUUUUACACAGAGGUCUAAUUGCCCUGUUUGUGUUGUAACCAUAAAUCGUAGUUUACCCUCAUACUGUUCAACUUCAAUGUGGGUGGGGUGUAAUGGUAUUUAUAUAGUGCUCCGAACUUGAAUUGGAGUGGGCAGAAGAAAUAUUUUCAUGGAUGCAAACCAGAAAUCCCUAACAUAGAUGUGUCUUGUUAUGAUUGAUGCGGGCAGAGUACAAAUGGCUCAGACCAUACAGGUACAAAGAAAUGUACGUCCCUUAUCAUUCGUGCAGAUCAUCAAAUACUUUGGAUCCUUUGUAAUAACUGAAUGAAAGAAUGUUGAGAAUGGCAGAUACUUGUUUGACUUUUAAGGCCAAACUUCCUAUUUAUACUUCUGAAAGUCCUUUGGGUUCAUUUAAAAUGUUGAAGAACAUUCAGAGACAUGGUAUGCUGAUAUAGUGAGUUUAUGUAACGUGUGCCAAAGGGCAGGUGAUGACUUAUCACUGAAUAACGACAAUAAGGGCACUGGCAGCCACCAUAUCUAAACUGACUGUCACGGGUAGCUUGUGACGUGCCACUUAAAGGCACAUGCAGAUCAUUGUGUCAGGAAAAUGUGAGAAUAAAUGUUUUGCCCUCAUGAUUGAAUGCACGUCGACAGAGACAAACAACAGCAUUUUGCUUUGUUCAACAGGACAGUAGAAAGAGACAGGACUUUAACAUACAUAUAUAUCUUUUUUUUUUACUUUACUGUACACUGCAUUUAUGAAAUGAUAUAAUUUUAAAGGUUACAAGGUGUGAUUGUGUUAUUGUCUUUUUAAAACUGUACAUUUCCUUCUAUAGUAAAGGUAAAAAUACUUUGGAAGCGGGAAGUUGGUUAACUGUUAUUGAAAAAGGAGACAAGCUACAACACUACUGGUUCUAUAUUACAUUGUAAACCGUGUGAAUCAGACCUAAUGGGAAUUUGCAAUGAGUUGCUUGCACAUGCUAUAAAUACAAUCUACAUUGAUUUUGUUUUUGUUUGCUUUUUCUUUUUUGUCAUGUAUGAUGUGGGAAACUGUUCUUCUAAUCAAUCUUCACUUUACUGAAUAAAAGAAUAACUUGAUGAA